AUGUCGGGCUUGCCCAUCAACCCACCCAGCGACGCCUCGAGCCCGCGGACGAACCAGCCCGCGUGGCGCGAGCAGCGUCACGGCGAGACCGGUGAUGGCCGGGGUCCAUCAGAGCGGGCCCAUGAAGUGAUUGUUGACCAUGAUGAGAUGCCACUCAUUCCAGGAUCUUCGCUCAUGGCUAUCUGA